UAUCGUGCCGGGUGAAGCGCGGCCGUCGCCCCUGGCGCCGCGAGCCGUCAAGAUAGCCACAGAGUCGAAGCUGGCAGUGUGCGGCGGCUGGGGGCAGGCUGGCUACGCACUCGAGGGCUGCGUGGACCCCGGUCUGCUCCGGCCUCCGCAGCCGCACUCAAACCAACUCGGCACCGUGUACGCGACCAAGAGGAGAAGGAGGAAUGGAAAGAGUAUCAAGCCCCCAUCAAAGGACGGUGUCACGAAGAGCAAUCCGAGCAAGCGGCACCGCGAGCGACUCAACGCGGAGCUGGACACGCUCGCAUCGCUGCUACCAUUCGAGCAGAACAUCCUCAGCAAGUUGGAUCGCCUCUCCAUCCUACGCCUUUCAGUCAGCUAUUUGCGCACCAAGAGCUACUUCCAAGUGGUCAUGCACAAGGAGAAGGAAGAGAUGCACGCGCAUCGCCGUGACCACGUGCACUACGAUCACGCCAUGCCGGACGGCGAGAUGUUCCUACAGGCUCUCAACGGUUUUCUGAUGAUCCUGACUUGUGAGGGGGAGGUUUUCUUCGCGACGCACAGCAUUGAAAGCUACCUUGGUUUCCAUCAGUCAGACAUAGUCCACCAAUCGGUAUAUGAGCUGGUGCAUUCAGAAGACCGAGAGGAGUUGCAAAGGCAAUUGUUAUGGAAUUCUUUCUUAUCACCAGAAUCUAGCAAUCUUACCCUCCAAGAUGUUCUCAGACCAGAACGAACUCAUCUUCUAGAAAGAAGUUUCACCGUCCGAUUUAGAUGUUUACUAGACAACACCUCUGGAUUUCUGAGGCUCGACAUUCGGGGUCGUAUCAAAGUUCUCCACGGUCAAAACAAGAAGACUGAAGAGCCUCCGCUUGCUUUGUUCGCAAUCUGCGCCCCGUUCGGUCCGCCUAGCCUACUAGAAAUACCACAGAAAGAAGUAAUGUUCAAGAGUAAACACAAACUUGACCUCUGUCUAGUCUCUAUGGAUCAAAGGGGGAAAAUGUUGCUGGGUUACACGGACGCCGAGCUGGCCAACAUGGGCGGCUACGACCUCGUCCACUACGACGACCUUGCUUACGUGGCUAGCGCACAUCAAGAGUUGUUAAAGACUGGUGCGUCCGGGAUGAUCGCGUAUCGUUUCCAAACCAAGGACGGUCAGUGGCAGUGGCUGCAGACGUCUUCCAGACUUGUUUACAAGAACUCUAAGCCCGAUUUCGUCAUCAGUACUCAUCGACCGCUUAUGGAGGAGGAGGGCAGAGAUCUUCUAGGAAAAAGAACGAUGGAUUUUAAAGUGAGCUACCUCGAUACUGGUCUCACGAGUCUAUACUUCUCCGAAACCGAACAGCUAUCGGGAUGUGAGUCUACAGUUACCACACCUCCAAGAGCCGCUAGACGGUACAAGACCCAGCUCCGCGACUUCCUCUCAACUUGCAGAAAUAAGCGCAGAGUUCCUUCUACUCCGGCUCCUCCUCCAGUUGACUACCUAGCUGCUGACGCUGUUGCUGCAGCGUACACUAACCUCAACGGUGCUUACACAGGCCCUUACGGAGAAUAUCCGCCAGCUCCCGCAUUACAUUACGCGCCACCUCCUCUAGAUGAUAGAUUCUUAGCGGCGGAUAACCUCUUUCACCAAUAUAAACCACUCCCGUACCAUUAUACGCCUUACGCGCCCAAUGGCUUCCUAGAACCGGCGCCACCUCCCGGUUACGAGGUGGCCCCAACGUACCAUAGGCCACCUUCGAGGGAGUACACAUAUGUUGAUAGUACCGGUCGGUAUAUGAGUCCUGUGACUGGACAGGAGAGAAGGUCACCUAGUGUGGUGCCCGGGCCCAGUCCGGGGGGUUCUAGUGGGUCUACGGAGCAGGAGAGACUGCAACAGACUCAGCCUUCAGAGAUGCCGCGGCAGACGGUGCUAAUGUGGGGUGCGGGUGGCACGGCUCAGGAGGUCCCCGUGGAAUACUCCCCACCGCAGGUUUGGCGCUACCACCAAUCACAUUACCACACCGCCGAAGCGACUCAAUGAAUAGAUGUUAAUUUUUUUAUUAUUUAUGCAAUCUCUUAAUUAGUAUUGAAUGAUAGACCUACAUUUUCUUGUUUAUAUUUUAAUAACAGAUCCUCAAGACGGACGAUGAGGAAGAAAAAUAGUUACCAUGGUCUUUAAGAUACAAUUACAGUACCUACAAAUUAUU